AUGGGACAAGACUUCUACACGGGCACCUUCGACAGCACGACGACCAUCGUCACCAUCACCUCGGCGCUCUCGCUCUACAACGCGGUCGAACUGCUGCUCCUGAUCUUCACGACCUUCACGGCCUACCACGGCCUGUACUUCUGGUCGCUGCUCGUCGCCACCACGGGCCUGAUCCCGUACGCGGUGGGCUUGAUCCUGCAGUACUUCCGCCUGACCAAGACGGUCGCGGGACUGGUCAUCAACAACUAUGGCUGGUGGACGACCAUCACGGGCCAGAGCGUGGUGCUGUACUCGCGGCUGGGCGUCGUGCUGGGCAAAGGCAACGAGCGCAUCCUCCGGUCCGUGAAGUGGAUGAUCAUCGUCGACGCCAUCGUGUACCACGUCACCACGACGGUCGUGGUCUUUGGGUCGUACUACGCCGCCGCGCCCGCCCGGGAGCCCUUCUCCCGCGCCUACGUCUACGUGGAGAAGAUCCAGAUGACGGGCUUCUGCGUGCAAGAGUUCAUCAUCUCCGGCCUGUAUCUGUGGAAGACGAUGGACAUUGUCAAGACCCAGGCCCAGCCUGCCCAGCCUGCCCGGUCUGCCCGAUCGGCCUCCAGCGCUUCCGAACAGAGCGGUGGUGCCAAAAAACCCGUCGUCCGCGUCAUGGGCCAGCUGUUCAUCAUCAACCUGGUCAUCGUCGCCAUGGACAUCGCCCUGCUGGUCGUCGAGUACAAGGACCUGCACGUCCCCGAGGUGGCCUUCAAAGGGCUGUGCUACUCGGUGAAGCUGAAGCUCGAAUUCGCCGUCCUCAGCAGGCUGGUCGAGGUGGCCGGCGUCAAGCGCACGUUCAGCCUGGCAAAUACGCUCGACUCGGCCGCAGACGGCGGCCAGACCGACGGCCAUCCGGGGAUCUGGAUCACACGCGGCUCGGUCCUCGCUGCGGAUCCUAGCCGUAACACGGGCACGUCGAAAUUGAUGCAUUCUUUCGGCUCCCAGAGUUCGUCGCCGCCGGAGUGGCUGGAAGACCUGGAAAAGAUCCGCACUCUGCCGGUCGACAAUACGCCGCAGCCGAACCCCAACAUCGACGUCGCGAGACUACAGCAGGAGAGCAUGUCCGACACGCGGAAACUGAGCACCAUCUCCACUUUCAACAACAUCAGUGUCUCGGAGCCUCCUGUACACAGGCGAGUGAGAAGGGAUUCUGAUCUCCUCUACGCAAGUGCCAUUCGCGAAAUGGCAAAAACUAGCUAG